AGAGAGGUGUUUGCCCCACGCGUGUUUCCUCCUCCAUCCACUGUCCAUUUCCGCUCUGCCCGCCGAUUCAGCGGAUCGGGCUGGGUUCAUUCGGUUUCGGCGGCUCGUGCCUCGCGUUUUUCUCUCUCUCCCCUGUUGAUUCGGUUUAGAUCUUAGCUUGUUCUGUUUAGGAAGACUUUUGGUCGGGGCGGAGUGUAUUAUCUCGAUUAGGUUUUUUCUUUUUACACUCGCAGACUUUCAGCGUUUAGGAUCUAUGUCUGUUCUAGUUGUUUGACUGCUGCAGUACGAGAGUGGUUCGGAAUUUUCCUUUCUUGUGCUCAACUGCUGUAGAUUAUAGGUUCAUUUCGUGGUUCUGCAGUGGCUUAAUGGCUCGGUGGGUGUUGCUUCUCUUGCGCAGGUGGUGAUGCCGCUGGCGCAGUCGCCUCAAUGGCGCCGGAAGGCAACUGAUUUCUUCUCUACCUCCAGUUUCAAGCUGAAGCAGGCAGGGCAAUCUGCUGGGGAUAAUAUAGCUGAUGUUGCUGGGAAGGUUGGGUCCGUGGUGAAGAGUCGGUGGGCUGUCUUCCAGGAGGCUAGGCAGCGGCAUCCAUCGAGUGAGACAGUGCAGGAGCGUUUCAUCACUGCUGCUGCCUCCACUGGGGUGCUUUUGAGGAAGGGCAUUUCAGAGACAAAGGAGAAAGUUGCAGUGGGAAAGGUCAAAGUUGAAGAGGCUGCUAAAAAGACCGCAGAUAAAAGCAAGACUAUUUUGAACAAUAUUGAACGCUGGCAGAAGGGAGUCGCGAGCACUGAUGUCUUUGGUGUUCCUAUUGAAGCCACUGUACAACGAGAGCAAUCUGGUAAAGCAGUGCCCUUGGUGCUAGUGAGGUGUGCAGACUACCUGGUUAUAUCAGGUUUGAAUAGUGAGUACUUGUUCAAAUCUGAAGGUGACAGAAAAGUUCUUCAGCAAUUAGUUUCGCUUUACAAUGAAGACUCGGGUGCAUCUUUGCCUGAAGGUGUUAGUCCUAUUGAUGUCGGUGCACUGAUGAAGUGCUACCUUGCCAGCAUCCCUGAGCCACUUACUACAUUUGUGCUUUAUGAUGAGCUUAGAGAUGCGAGGGUUAGCAUUCCUGAUCUUAGGAACAUAUUGAAGAAGCUUCCAAAUGUAAACUACAUGACACUAGAGUUUGUUACAGCGUUGCUACUUCGAGUAAGCCGUAAAUCGUCACUUAACAAGAUGGACUCUUGUAGCCUUGCUGUGGAAUUUGCACCUUUGAUAAUGUGGCUGCAGGGCGAUGCUGGUACAGAUUUGCGUAAUCAUCUCAAACUUACCCUAAAACCGCCUCCAAAAAUUGUGGAUACAACAUCAAAUACCGCCACAUGGGACCUGUUAGAUGAAGACGACGAGGAUGCCUCGUCCCAAAUCCCCUUGGACGAUGCUUCGCCCCCAGACUACAGCUCCAUUGAGGUCAUCCAAUGUCUGAUUGAGCAUCACAACGCCAUUUUCACUGAUGCUAAUGAAACUGUAUGGCGAUGAUCAGCAUCUCGUCUUUAGAUUUCUCUGGUGUUAGGUCGUGCUAUGUACUAGUUCCAGGUAGGAGGAUGGAUUACUGCGCGCUAUUGUUAGAGAUAUAAGCAUUUUGGCCGAAACAUUUUUGGAGUAGAUCUGUAUAUACACUAGUAUUAAUUCUCCACGGGAGAAAUCUUGUUAGGAUCUGGUCAUGUCUCAUUAAUAAGAGCUGGGAUGUAAACCAGAUGGUGGACGUGAUGUGCUGUUUUGAUGCAUUUGCUGAAUUCAGUCGAUAGGUGUUGCGCA